UAGUUCUAUUGUCAGUGCGUUUCAGUUACAUAACCCCUGGCAAAACAUAAACAAAAUUAAUAAUUUAAAAAAAUGUUAACUAAAAAAAUUCUAGGGAAUAUCAACAAAAUAAGAACGUUCUCCUCGAUACGAAGAAAUUUUACAGGUAGUCGAGUGAUCUUCAAUAAGCACAGCGUUGGUGCCAUCCCUAAUGUCCAAGGGCUGAGCGAAAACUGUGUAAAAGUCUCCAAGGAACCUGUGGGCCCAGGAGCCAGCAAAUCAUCUAACUACCAAAACCCAGAAUAUUUCUGCUACGAUAAAAACAGUUACUUUGAGGCUGAAGUUGAAAUGCUCAAGUAUAGAUGCCCACAACCUUCUGUGCACAAACCUUACCACCAUAGUGAUCCAAAAUAAAACGUAAUUUAAAUAGAGUCCAAUAGAUAUAUGUAAUAAACAUUAUUUAAGCCA